AUGAUUGCUGACCAACACGAGCACGAACUGAUUUGGUGGGGCGGCCGACAGGCGCUCAUGACCCAGCGAGCAACCGGAGAGCAGCUCAAGGCAUAUGACCGGAAGGUCCACAAAGCACAGACUGAGAUGUUCAAUGCCAUGUCUGGUCAGCUCAAGGGCCUCGGCGUGCCUUUCUUCGGCGUCAAGCCCGAGCUAAUUGCGAAGGGCGAUGAGGCGGCCGCAGCGGUUUCUGGACCUGCCUCAGGUUCUAAGACUAGGGUCACGGAAGCUGAGCUCCAGAAGCUUCAACGGAGAAUGAUUGAGUACCUUGAGGACAUGUACAAGGAUUGA